UCCAGAUGGAGAUGGCGCGCGACAGCAGUGGAGCUGUGGCUUGUGCAACGGCGACACAGUAGAAACGGCUGUCUUGCACUGCCUGGAUGAACUGGAUCUGGUCCCGCACAAAGCGCAGCAGCCCGUCAUGGGGGACGGUGGCGCGUCCUCGCAGGUGAACCUCCAGAAUGCCUCGGACGCACCGGGCUCCGAUGCAGCCGCGUCCGAGGAGUGGAUGGCAGGGAUGAGCCUGUUGAUGGGUCUGAUUGUCGUGUCCAUCGUGUUCGGGAACAUCUUGGUCAUCGUGGCCAUAGCCAAAACGCAGAGGCUGCAGACCCUCACCAAUGUCUUCAUCGUGUCCCUGGCCAGUGCGGACCUCAUCAUGGGGCUGCUGGUGGUGCCGUUUGGUGCCGCGCUGGAGGUGCGCGGCUCCUGGAUGUACGGCUCCUUUUUCUGCGAAUUUUGGAUCUCCGUGGAUGUCCUGUGCGUCACGGCCAGCAUCGAGACAUUGUGCGUUAUCGCCAUAGACAGGUACGUGGCCAUCACCUCUCCAUUCCGCUACCAAAGCUUGUUAACCAAAGCUCGGGCCAAAACGAUGGUCUGCGUAGUGUGGGCCAUCUCCGCGCUGGUGUCUUUCCUGCCCAUCCUGAUGCACUGGUCCCGGGACAGUGCGGACACUGCCUGCUACGAGGACCCUGAAUGUUGCGACUUUGUCACCAACAGGGCAUAUGCCAUCUCCUCAUCUGUCAUAUCUUUUUACAUUCCCCUGCUGGUUAUGAUUUUUGUUUACGCACGGGUGUAUAGAGAGGCGAAAAAGCAACUGAGGAAGAUUGACAAGUGUGAGGGCAGGUUUCACAACACCUUAACCGGACUGACUUCUAAGUGCAAGAAAAGGCCGUCUAAGAUCCUAGCGCUCAGGGAGCAGAAGGCGCUCAAAACACUGGGCAUCAUCAUGGGGACGUUCACCCUGUGCUGGCUGCCCUUCUUUAUAGUCAAUGUGGUGCGGGUGUUUUGCGCAGAGGUGGUGGACAAAGACCUUUUCGUGUUCUUAAACUGGCUUGGGUACGCGAACUCAGCGUUUAACCCCAUUAUUUACUGCCGGAGCCCGGACUUCAGGAAGGCUUUCAAGAGGCUGCUGUGCUGCCCGAGGCAAGCCGAUCGCAGGCUGCACAUCAGCUCCUGCGACCUGUCCCGGUGCUCCGGGGGCUUCGUCACCGCUCUGGAGCCCGGGACACUGGGGCUGUGGACGGAUUGCGCAGGCUUGGACAACAGUGACAGCAGCCUUGUGGGGACAGCAAAGCUGUCUCACUCUGAAUCACAGCUGUGAAGGAACACAUAAAACCUUUUUGGAUUACAAACGCCUGAGAAAUGAGGCGAAAGCAGACUCUGGAUCAUUAUGAAUGUUUAUUUUAUUUUUUUGAAAGGUGUGCGCAAAGAGAACAGAGGAGUUGGAAUCUCCAGAAUUUGAAAGCCAUAUUUUAAAAGAGGCAUCAGGACCAAUGUUCUCUCCAAGCUGAGCAGGACAGUUUGCUAAAAAUUAUCACCAGGUGGCUCUGGUGAACCAUAAUGCACUUUGCCAUACAACCUAAUUAAGUGAAUUACCACUUAUUUCAAAGAGCGCACGUACGCUGUGGUUUAUUUCUGAUUUCCUUCUUAUUUUAUUGGAUCAGCAGUUCAGUGCUAUAUUGAUGAUAACAUUAAGGGGGAGUGUAUUUAUCGUUUACGUUAACCCCAUGUUCGUAAUCGGUCACAAUGUAUUCUUAAAAUGACCCACUGUAAUGAAUUGGUUGUUAUUUAAAAGCGUUGGACAGGAGCGAGGUAUCUUUUGGACUUACUGUACUGUACUGUAAUCAUGUUGUGCUCACAAUGUGUUUUACCUCACUGCUGUCGGCAGGUGCAAUUUGUUCGACAUGUAUUUGUUUAUAUUAAACAUUUAUGUAAAUUAUGUAUUUAUUCCGCGAUACCUUUUACAAUCAGCAAGAGAAUGUGGGUCUGAUUCCCACGCCCUUUGUACAUAUUCUAGUAUGUGCUGUUUAGUACUGGAGUUAGGAAUGUGAGCCUCUCUCUUUGUCUUUCUCAUUUAGGCGUUACAUGCUGUUGUGAGGUUUGUGUGUUGACUCCUGUGAAA